CUGAAACAUUAAAAGAAAAUUUGAGAAGCAAUGUGCCUCCUGAAGCUGCCGGUAGUUCUCAUUGUAAUCUCAGUUGCAUUAAACCAUCUGAAAGCUACUCCUAUUAAAAGUCACCAGAUGGAAAAGCGGAAAUGCAACACUGCCACAUGUGCAACUCAACGCCUGGCAAAUUUCUUAGUUCGUUCCAGCAACAAUCUUGGUGCCAUUCUCUCACAUACCAAUGUGGGAUCCAAUACAUAUGGCAAGAGGAACACAGCUGAGAUUUUAAACAGGGGACCAUUGAAUUACUUUCUCCUUUAGAGGUCAAUGUAUCUCCACAGUUCUUAUUGUUUCAUGUAUAAAUAUCCUAGUGACUUCCUCUGUACUUUAACAUUAGCAUUAACAUGAGUUUCUAUGUCCCAUGUUUAUUGCCAGUACCUAUAAAUUGUCAUGGUAAGAAUUGUCUUAAAUUUAAUGCUAAUUAGAAUCCCAUAAUAAAAAAAUCAAUGUCUUUAAAA